AUGGGCCUAUUUGCCUCACCGGGAAACUGGGGAGAGGAUCGGGGACGGGGACAUAUCGAUUUUUUCCAACAACCAAACACAAACGAAAUGGCCGCCACGGUGAAGAAAGACGGUAUUCGUAAGAGACGAUUUGCACAAAUUUCUACCAAGCAUGCUCUCUCUACACCCUACAGUCUUCAAUGGUAAGAUAUAUUAUACGUUUACUAACAUUACUGAUUUCUUGAUUGACAAAAUAAACUUACUGUUUGAGAUCCCACUCAGCUUGUAUAUCGGACCACCGACUGGGGUUAAGUGGAGAUUUCUCAUUCUUAAAAGAGAAAUUGCCUCGUAAACUAAUUUAAAAGAUAAAAAAAAGUCCCUUAAAGUAUAGGGUUUGCAAGCAUUAUUCAGAAAUCCUAGUCGGUACACUUCGAUUUAAGUAGGCAAGGCUGCUCAUUUUUUAUACUCUGAUCUGCAUGCAAGAUUAUCAGCUUAGUUUUUUUCAUUCUAACUUAGCAAGCACCCACAUUUUAAGGCUUUAGUAAGGCAUUUUCUGAUAGGUUCAAGGAAAAAAAAAGCUAAGUAAAAUGAAAUAAAGUAAAGAAAGCUCAUCUGGGAUAAAUUUCACAAGUUCUAAUCAAAUUACUCUCUUCUCAUAACCUGGUUGCUUGAAAAUUGUUAAAAAAUUUAAGAGAAUAUAGAACUCAAUCACUGUAGAGGUGAAACAAUUGACUGAUCAGGAUGCUCAAGGGGGUACUUCUAGUUACCAUGGAUUUAUACAGCUUGUUUGUUGAAUAUCAAUUUAUUUCAAGUUAUUUGAUCAAUUUGGUAGGGGAAUUAGUGAUUUUUUAUCCGGGCAAUAUUUGAUUAUAGAUUUUUAUAAAAUUUAUUCCACCAAUAUGAUAAAAAAUUAACGUGUACUCAAGCAGCCUCAGUGGCUGCUGGCACCUAAUUUUUGCUCUUGGGCAACAAGAAAAAGCACGGGACUCCCUUCAAUUUUUCAUAGAGCGCAUCCUUGAAAAAUAUGUUACUUUUGCUAACUUUAUUUUGUAUGUUUUUUUAAAGGACAUUUAAAUAAUAGGCAAUCAAAUAUUUUGUUAUGUUGUAUGAUCAGUUGACAUUUCAUAAAUUUUAUUAUUAUAAAUUUCAGUUGACUGGUGGCAUAGUUUGACAAAUGGGUGCGUUGCUGAGGAAUCUGGUUGUAAUUUGAAUGAAUUUCACUACUUGUGACACAUCAUUACUGAAUAGGAACAGGCCAGUUCUUCUAAUGAAAUAUUGCCAUAUGAAAACAACGAAAAGUCAUUCUCAGUACGAUUUAUAUCCAUUAAAGUUAAACUGAACUUGACUUGUAUUCAGCAUAUUAUUUGUGGCAGAUUGAUGACAAAGUUUCAAAUUGAAAAUGUGACUUGGAUGUGUGGUUCAAAUUUAUCCCUGUUUUACUUUAUUAUUUCCAUGCACACAUGUUCAUGCUGCAUACGUGAUGGUGUAUGAUAAAACAAAGAAAAAUAAAAAAAAACUUAAAUUGAACUGCAAAACAUCCCAACCAAGUCACUUUUCACUUCUAAUAUUUCUGAACUGUGAAGAAAUUCUCUAAAGCCAUUAAAAAUGGAGCUUGAUACAAAAACUUUGUGGUGCUUGCUUUGAGAGUCAUAAACUGCAACUUUUAUUCAUAUAUUCCCAUCCAAGUCAUUUUCACUAGAAUUACAGUAUAGACAUGUGGAACCCUGCUAAUAUGACACAAUUCUUGGGGCAUGGGGCAUGAAAUUUAUAGUUUGGUCAUAUCAAUGGCAUUGAUACUAAGCUUUUCUGAAGUCUAGUAUUUGAUUGCAAACAUUAAUUUGAUCUUGCAGUUCUCAAUUUCAGUGUGCCUGGAUAUGACGCUAUGGAUCAUUUGAAUGCUCUUUUUUCAGAUUUUCAUCUUUUGUUGACAUUCAUCAAAAAGACCUUUGAUAAAUACAGUUGAACUUCCAUUAAGCAACCACCCUUGGGGUACGAGCAAAAGAGGCUGGCUGCUCAACAGAGGAAUAUCAUAAUUGAGCAUAAUUUUUGCAUAAACACCGCUUUACUUUGAAACAAAAAUGUGACGGGAGAAGCAUUACUGGUCCACAGUCUGUUGUCACCUUCUCUCUUGGACUUUAUUUUCCUUAAUCAUAUUCUUAAAUUAAAUCCAAACCAAGUGUAUCAAGCUUAAUAGAGGUGAAAACAAUGGAAUAUAAACUCUUCUUAGAAGGGCCAAAAGGUGGCCACAGCCGCUUAAUAGAGGUUUAAUUCCCCAUUCUUUGCUGCAUUUAUUUUGGGGCGUUGAUUACUGGCCACUUAAUAGAGGGUGGCUGCUUAAUGAAGGGUCAACUGUAGCUGUCUUGAUUAACUUCAUUAGGCAUUUUAGGAAACAAAUUAACAUGGUAAAAUUGUGUAGGAAAGAUCAACAGGAGAGUCCGAAUGGUAGCUGUUAGGUGUGGUAUACAUGUGUUAUGAGUGGUCUGGAAAGACUAGGAAUGGCUAGGUUUUGAUGGUUUAGAAAAAAAAAAAAUAGUCCCAGUAGAGGACAUGUGCGUACUAGUUAUGAAUAGGCUGUUCUCCAGUAGCCAUAAAAAACAGCGCUUUUAUUCAGCAGAGCAGUUUAUUUUGUGACUGAUCUUUAUUAUUAAUGUAACUUAAAUUGUUUUAUACAGGCCAAUGAUGACACACAAUGGUGGCAACAGACUGAUAUGUGAUGAGAUUGUAAGGUAUGGAUAAUUAGAGGCAACUCUAAUUGCAAUCAAAUUCUUGUAAAUCUAAAACUGUCAACCCAACACACAGCAUUUUGUGAUGAUACAAAGAACGGCUGCAUGGGAAAUUAUCCCAACAUUUUACAUGUAUAUCAUUUAAUAAUGGGUUAAACAGACUGAGGGACUGGCUGGCUUAACCUGUUGUUUUGAAAAUGAGAUAGACCUUGAUUUUCCAAGAGUUUUUUUCUAAAAACCCAUUACUGCCAAUGCCUACAUCCUGCUUGAAAGUUCUGAUGGAUAGUGGAAUUCUCAUUAUAACUUGACUGGUGUGACAAGCCAGUUCUGACUAACAUGGUGUUGAAUCCUGGGGGAGUACUCAACAAAUUUUUAUACAGGGAGGUUCCGCUUCUAGGUCCAACUCCUUGUAUUGUUGUUGUAUCCUUUUAUGAAUAAUACCAUGCCUAGUUUAGAACUUUGCAUCCCUUUGAACUGCUAUAAAUGCAAUGUCCUUUAGUUAUGAACAAAUCACAAUGAAUGUUUCUCAAUGUUUUCACAACCAUAGAAUGCAUCUUUCUAUACAGACCAAAAUGACAGAUUAAUUUCCCUACCAUUUCGUAUACCGUAUUUCCUCGAAUAAUAGCCGGGGGCGAUUAUUGAUUUUUCGCAUCAAAAAAGAGUGAUUAUUCCUGGGAAGGCGAUUAUUCGAGGGAGGUAAUUAUUUCAAAUAUUUCUCACCGGUAUUUCUGCCCUAAAUAUUUUGUUGUAUUUUCCCAUUAAAUCAAAAAAUUAUCACUUCAAAUAAACUGAACAUGGGCUUUUAGUGUUCCAAAUUUGGUUCCUUGAUUAAUUUUCAGUGCUUGAAUCAUCACUGAUCAGUUUUGCUGGAUCAGAUUCCACUUCAACCUGACAGGGAGGGGAUAAAAGAAAGAGAAGAUGGCAAGAGGGGAGGGAGGGGGUGAUUAUUCGGGGGAGGCGAUUAUUUUAUAUAUUUCCAUCAAAGGGGGGCGAUUGUUCAAGGCAGGCAGUUAAUCAAGUGAUGGCUAUUAUUCGAGGAAAUACGGUGCUUCAACUAGUAUAAUCUCUACCAUUUCAUAUAUAUCUGAGGCUUGAAAAAGGUACCUCUUUUGGGCUGAGCCUCGCCGUAUAGGCCAUUGUAGGAAGCACACCCUGGGUGUUGAAUGCUACACUUUGAUUGAAUUGUGCUUUGUCUAGCUGGUGAUGAUAAAGAGGAUAAAAUGACAGGAUAUUAUUAUUUCUUUUUUCAGAACCCUAGAGCCUCUUCAGUUUAAGCAGCUUGCCACUAGAAUGCCGACAGCUGUGGCUGGAGAAAAUGAGGAAACAGCAGCUAGAAGAUUGGAGGAACAGAAAGAAAGAGCAAAGAAACUAGAGCAACGAUCUACACUUGAAAUUGGGCUCAAUCAAGUAAUGAGAGCAUUAGAAAAAGGGAGUCUCAGAUUAGUGCUGGUAAGUUUGUCUUUUCAAAGCAAACAAUAUUGAAGUUGUGACCACAUGGGCACUUUCCACAAAAGUGUAUGUCACUUGAAAAUUGCUAUAUAGUCAUGUCAAUAAUCAGGGAUAUCACUAAGAUUUCAAGUCGCCAGUUAAAUACAACGACUAGGCAGGGAGUCAAAUAGCUGAGGAUUUCUUUUGGUUCUAUUAUUGUUCUAUUUUCUCGUCAAAGUAGCCGGGGACCACAUUCAUAAUAGCCGGCAGAAAUCGCCAGCCUCUUAAUUACAGCCCUGGAUAAUAUCUAUAACUUAAAGUGCUACAACUCUGAGGCGUCAUACUUUCAUUGUCUCACAAGUUUAUCUGUACAAAGAUUCUUAAGCACUUAAAGAAGCUGUGUCACGGCUGGCUAGUUCAUCCUCUUAAAAAUGCCAAUUCACUUCCUGAUUUGCUAUGGAACUACUUGAGAAAUUACUUCCUAAUGACAAAAAUAUCACAGCUUAUGUCAAUCAAAUAUGUCUCCAAGCAUUAUAUCAAACAUGUAAAUAACAAGCAAGAAUUUGAAAAUUCUGUUAGUCUUCAGCAAGUUUUCAAACAUCACAAUUGCAGUAUGUUUCAAUUUUCACUGAAUGUUUUUAGUGGUUAUUUUCAUGUUUCAGUCACCCAGUUUGGUGGCGGUUCCUACUGUUUGAAUUAAUGUUUUUGAUAAAUAAUUUAUCAAAAACAUUAAUUCAAACUGUAGAAACCCCCACCAAACUGGUGGGACUGGAACCUUACAAUUAAUUACUUGUAAAAUAUGUAACUAUUACAUCUGUUUAUAAGAACAGCAUUUGGUUUUUGAUUUGCAAUUCACCCUAUGUGUGCACUUCAAUAAUGAGCAUGGUCUUUUAAGCCAACAUUGCCCCGUGUCUAUCUAGCUUGCUGGCUCAUCCUCAGUGUAAGAACCUGUAAAACUCAUGAGUGACGUAAAGCAAAGGAAACAAAGAAUAGAAACUAGGAAAGCAAAAGGUGUUAAACAAAGAAAAAGUUCUUACAGGUUCUUACACAGAGGUAAACCCAGGUUGAUGGAUCAAUGGAGCCCACUACAAACAUUACCAUUAAGCCAGCAUGACCCCAUGCAUGUCUAUCUAGGUUGAUGGAUCAAUGAAGCCUACUACAAAGUUACUGUUAAUUCAUUUGAAGCCAACAUUAUCCCAUGUCUAUCUAUGUUGAUGGAUCGAUGAAGCCUACUACAAAGUUACUGUUAAUUCAUUUGAAGCCAACAUUAUCCCAUGUCACUCUAUCUAUGUUGGUGGAUCAAUGAAGCCUACUACAAAAUUACCAUUAAUUCAUUUGAAGCCAACAUUAUCCCAUGUCUAUCUAUGUUGAUGGAUCAAUGAAGCCUACUACAAAAUUACCAUUAAUUCAUUUGAAGCCAACAUUAUCCCAUGUCACUCUAUCUAUGUUGGUGGAUCAAUGAAGCCUACUACAAAAUUACCAUUAAUUCAUUUGAAGCCAACAUUAUCCCAUGUCUAUCUAGGUUGAUGGAUCAAUUAAGCCUAAUACACUGUUAGAGCACCUACUUGUACUGUGUGUAACGCGCAAUACUCCUGGCUGUGCACUUGUUGGCAUGGGAUUGUCUGCAAUUCCAAAGUUAUUAGGGGUCCGUAGAGUUGCAGCCUUUGGAUUCAAGGUAAACUUGCUCAUUGUUCUCUAAAAUUUUUUUGAAGACUCUGAACACAGGACUCAGAUAGUGAAAUACAGUUGUAUUUUAGUAUUUUUUUUAAAGUGGAAACUCUCCUUAUGGACACUCUUGUAAGCAGACAGCUCUCCUAACAGCUCAUAAUUUAUCAUAACCCUGGCUCAUAAUCCUGUUUUUCUCAACUCCCAUUCAAACUCUGUAUUAAUUUUUUACAUUCCUGUAAGCAGCCAGCUCCAGUUACAGACACCUUUUUCACAUCCUGAGGGAGUCCGCUCACAAGAGCUUCCACUCUAUUACAUUUUUGGGAACAAAAUUCUAUACUAUUACAGACCAUUCACUGAGACCUCUUCAGCAGUCCUUGAUACUUUUAUUUGGCUUUUGUUCAGUGUCCAUUUUUAUAAAAUGAUAUUAUUAUUAUUUUACCUUAUGGGGGGUCACUUCUAGUGAUAAGAAGGAAAACGGUAGUACAGUAAUUUGUUUUAUUGGAAUUUGUUUUAAAUAACAACUUACAAGUAAAUACGGGUACCUUUUCUAAUGCUAUGGUACAAGCUACAUACAGCUUUGGGCAAGUUAUUGAACGUAAAUCUCUUGGUUAUCAGAUGUGAAUAUUAUUGAACGUGUUCAGAAAUAAAAUAAUGCAAAGAAGAAAAUGACAGUUUAAGAAGCCACUUAUUUGAAAAGAAUGCCUGAAAAAAUUCAGGCUUGCUGGCAUGCAAACUCUGACCUCUGCAAUACCAUUGCAGCGCUCUAAUCAAUAUCAGCUAGCAAGCCAACUGGGAGCUGGUCAUUUAACUGGUUUGUUUCCUAUAGUGCACCUUAUUUGCCCCCCAAAAUUUUGCAUAACCUUUGUUUUUCAUUUCUCCUGGGUGUUACAGCUGUCCCAAGAGAAAUUGAAAACAAUGCUUAUGGAUGCUUAUGCAAAAUUUUGAGGGGCAAAUAAGGUGUAUAUAGGAAAUCUGGAAGUGGCAUAUACCUAGGAAAGAUGAAGAUGAAAUGAUGAAUAUACAUGCAGAGCACUGCAUGGCAGUAUCACGGAGUUCAGGGCUCAAAUCCCAGCAAGCAUGAAGUUUUUCAGGUUUUCUUUUGGCAGCUAGACAGAUUGCAUAUUUAACUGUGAUGAUCUUCUUGGCAUUUAUUUCAUUCCACAGUUCCAAUAUAUGAAAUUCAUAUAUUCAUGGUUUGGACAUGUUCAGCAUCACAUAUAUAUGGGAGGUGAUAAGUGAGGAUUCUGACAAUUUUAUGUUAUUUUCAGCUCACUGAUAAACCUACAUUGUUUGAUGAGCUGGUUCAUUUUAUCAAAUUUAGAAUUCCGCCGCUCCAUGUACCUUGGUUGCAACCCAGUAAUGAUGCAAGUGAUCAAUCGGAAGGGGCUUUUCAUGAAGUUGAUUCUGAGGAUGAAAAUUUGCCUGGUAUUGAGAAAAUGCGUGAAAAACCAAGAAAAAAAGUUAGAAAACUAAUAAAGAAUGCAGAAGAACUGAAUACACAACCUUCAGUGAUCAGAAAUGUUGCGGUUGACACGGAAAGACUCGCAGAGAACUCAGGGAUUGCAUUAGAGUACACAGAAAACCCAAAAGCGAAUACUCCAGUAGGAUUAGAAAACACAGGACAACCAGGAAAAGAACAGCUACCUAACGAGGAACUAAAGGAAGUUCGUGGUACCAUUGAUAAUCCUACUGCCGGUUUCAAAAGGGAUAGUACUGUGCCCGAGAAUGAAAGCACAGCGAAGAAAAAGAGAAGAAGAAGAAACAGAAAAAACAAGGGGAAAAAACAGACAAGCGAGGCACCAAUGCAACUGGUGUAUCUUAAACCCUGUAUUAAAAGUUUUGACACUACACCCAAAGACAAAGGAGACCAGACAAAGUAA